AUGACCAAGGCCCGUCGUCGAAACCUCCGAGCUGCCUCGGCGCCACCGCUCGCCAUUCGACGCGACUCGACCGCCUCUCGCAAUGCUGCCAAGCCGGCGCACCAUCGCGAGUCAAUCGAUCUUGGUCGCUCCCAUCGCGAGCCCGAGUUUUGCUCUAAUGGCGCGGCCCACUUGGAGCGAGAUGCUGCUGCUGCUGCUGCCCAGGACCAGAUUGAUCUCGACUCGUUUAUUGACCUGGCCCGCCAUUCUGCCCCUCCCCAACCGCACACCCAAUCUGCAUCCUCUGCACGCCCUACGCUCCUCUCGGACAAUCAUAACGACGACGAUGCGGCGGUGACGUACGUCUCGCAGGAGCAACAAUCCAGCGCACCCGCACCCGCGCGCAACGUGGUCAACUUCCUGCGCAACAAGUCGGGCAUCAAGACGCGCGUAGGUGCGCUCAACGGCAAGCGCGUCGACUACUUCAAGGGCUCGGCCGCCGUCAAGGCGCUGCUCUCGCCCGCCUACGCCAAGCUCAAGGACGUGCCCAAGGUGACAUCCAAGGAGGAGGCAGAGGAGUGUCUGCACAACAUCAUCCCCUUUGCAUUCUUCCUCCGUGUCGACCGCGGCGCCAGCACGGGCGGCAAGGACUCGCCCAAGGUCGUCGAGAUCAACCAGCAGCAGCUCUUCAAGAGCGAGCUCCACUACGUCUGGCUCUUUGAAGGCUCGCAGCUCGGCCUCAAGCUCGCCGGUGUCGGAAUGGUCGCAGUCAUGCUUGCUGGUGUCAUGUUCCCGCUCUGGCCCACCUCGAUGCGCCUCGGCGUUUGGUACCUUUCGGUGGCAGCACUCGGGCUUAUCGGCCUCUUCUUCGCCAUCGCCAUCGUCAGGCUCAUCUUUUGGCUCAUCACCAUCGUCGUCGCCAAGCCGGGCAUCUGGAUCUUCCCCAACCUGUUUGAGGAUGUCGGAUUCGUCGACUCGUUCAUCCCCUUCUGGGCGUGGGAUGUGCCGCCGGCGCCCAAGAAGAAGAAGGCUGCGGGCGACAAGAAGAAGCUCGCCGGGUCGGGUGGAUCGAGCGGUGCGAGGCAGCAGGCGCUCUCGGGACUCGGAGGUGCUGCACCCACCGCGCCACCACAGCAGCCAAAGCCUCCCCAGCAGGCGGCCCAGUCGGCACCAGCCACCUCCAACGGCAAUGCCCAGGCUAACGGCGGCGUCCAGAACCAGUCCAGCGGCAGCGGCGGCCCUGGCGCAUCCGACAGCCUCGACGAUAUCAACUAG